GAGCAGAUAUUGAAAUCACUCUAUUAGCUAGUGUGGAUUAUGAACGUGCAAAAAAUCUUCUCAAGGGAAUUUGCAAUGUACAGUGUCUUUGUUUAGCCAUUGAAGAUUGUUCUAAAACGCUUUUUCCGAUGCCUCUUGAUCCAGUGCUUGCAUUUAACAACCUCAUUGAACUGGAAUUUUGUAAUUACUAUAGUAAAAAUUGGCAAGGAACUUGGAUUGUGGAGUAUCUACAUUGCAUGCCUAAUCUAGAGACACUUACCCUGUAUAUGGUAAGUACUUCAGAAGGGUUCAGGUCAUUGCCUACAACAGUUCCUUUGUGUUUGUUAUUUCGCAUCAAGGAGAUUGAAAUAAAACACUUUGAAGGAGAGGGGCAUAUGUUUGAAAUGAUUAGUUAUUUCUUGAAACAUGCAUCAGUUCUGGAGAAGCUUGUAAUUUUACUUAUUGAUCCAGUGGAGAAUGAAGAAUCGACUAUCAUUGAAGAACUAUUGAGUUUACCGAAGAAAUCAAAGAAAUGUAAAAUCGUGACUCCCUGAUAUUUCAUUUUGUCUCUUCUACUUUGUAUUGUUUUAGAGAGGCUUCAUCUCAGUUGGUUUGGUUUCGUGUAACACUUCUUUGUUGCAUGUAUCAAAUG